AUGAAGGCUGGAGGAGAAGAAUACAGGAGGGAAAGACUAACCAAGUUCACUAAUGUGUUUGAGCCGAGGCCAGACGUCACCUCUUAUCCGGCUGCUGAUAAGAAUGACCAGCGGCUCUUUCUAAAGGACUUUGAGCCGAGGCCGGACGUGACCUCUUAUCCGGCUGCAGAUAAGAAUGACCAACGGCUCUUUCUAAAGGACUUUGAGCCGAGGCCGGACGUGACCUCUUAUCCGGCUGCUGAUAAGAGUGGUCGACUCUUUGUAAAGGACUUUGAGCCAAGGCCAGACGUUACCUCUUACCCGGCUGCUGAUGAGAGUGGUCGACUCUUUGUAAAGGACUUUGAGCCGAGGCCAGACGUCACCUCUUACCCGGCUGCUGAUAAGAGUGGAAGGCUCUUUCUAAAGGAUUUUGAGCCAAGACCGGACGUCACCUCUUAUCCGUCUGUUGAUAAAAGUGACCGACUCUUUCUAAAGGACUUUGAGCCGAGAUCAGUCACUUCUUAUCCGGCUGCUGAUAAGAGUGACCGACUCUUUCUAAAGGACUUUGAGCCGAGGCCGGACGUGACCUCUUAUUCAGCUGCUGAUAAGAGUCACCGGCUCUUUGUAAAGAACUUUGAGCCAAGGCCGGACGUGACCUCUUAUCCGGCUGUUGAUAAGAGUGGCCGGGUCUUUCUAAAUGACUUUGAUCCGAGGCCGGAUGUGACCGCUUAUCCCUCUGCAUAG